CUAGCUUACUACCAACGAAAUGGCUCACCUGAAUUUAUAAUUUAAUCAUUGUUCUAAGUAUUUUGAUAAACCCCUGAAUAUUGUAGGAUUAACGUGAUGCGCCCUCUAGCCAUCGUCUAAACUACAACAUUUAAAAUAUAGCUUAAAGUUAAAACAAUAUUAUUCAAUUCGUGGUAAGUAGAAAGUUUGAUAGAUAAAGCACCAGAGCCAAACAAGAUUUUCCCCAGACUUUUAAAAAAGGUCGUAAAUUGAAUAUGUGAGUCAUUACCUUGCAUUCUUGUUACGUCAACAGGCGAUGACUUCUGUGAUAAAAUACGUGUCCCUUGCAGCUCUUGUGCUUCAAACUACUAGUCUAGUUUUAUUGCUCCGCUACUCCAGAACUGCACCUUCAACUGGUCAGCGGUACAUAAGUUCUACUGCUGUUGUUCUUUCUGAAGUUUUCAAGAUGCUUACUUGUUUGACUGUUCUUUUUUUUCAGAGUGGCUGGUCAGGAAAUCAGUUAAUAAAGCUGCUUUACUCGGAAGUGUGGAGUAAGCCGUCUGACACCUGUAAAGUUCUUGUGCCAGCUGCAUUGUACACAGUCCAAAAUAAUCUGUUGUUUCUUGCUUUAUCCAAACUGGAUGCUGCUACUUACCAGGUGACAUAUCAGUUGAAGAUUUUGACAACUGCCCUUUUUUCUGUAACCAUGUUGCAUAAACACUUAGAAGUACAACAGUGGUUCUCUCUUGUGCUUUUAAUGGUUGGAGUAACACUUGUUCAGUGGCCUGAAGAAACCAGUAGUUCAACAAGUAUAGAUCAUGACAUGACAUCCAAGUUUAUUGGACUCUUGGCAGUUUUAGCUGCAUGUCUUUCCAGUGGUUUUAGUGGAGUUUAUUUUGAAAAACUUGUUAAAGAAACGCCCCAAUCCCUCUGGAUCAGAAACAUUCAAUUGGCUAUCUUCUGUUGUCUUCUUGGAGCAGCAGCAGUAUUUGUAAGUGACGUAAAAACUGUUGUAGAAGGAGGAUUUUUUCAAGGUUACAAUUAUAUCACUUGGAUAGUUGUGCUUCUUCAGGCAUUUGGUGGUUUAGUGAUAUCUACUGCUAUCAAAUAUGCAGACAACGUUCUCAAGGGAUUUGCAACAUCAUUAUCAAUUGUAUUGUCAACUGUUUUUUCGUAUUUUAUUUUGGGAGAUUUCUGCCCAAAAAGCCAUUUCCUUUAUGGCGCUUUUGUCGUCAUCAUCGCCACUCUUCUAUAUGGAUAUUCUGGAAAAAGCCCUCGACAACAAAAACAUGAAUAAUUUUCAAGGUCUUAUAUUCAUAUGCAAUGCGUUGGUGAAUAGUAUUUAUUUAUAUAUCAAGUACACGUGUUGAGGUAUCCCAAACAUUUUAACACACAUUCUUUCAAAAGUCCUGCUAUAAUUAAAUAAUUUAAGUAGGUCAUCCUUAAAAAUUGCUGUUGUAUAAUCUACUUUGAAACCCAUUUUUUGAACAACUAAAAGUAUUUUCUUUCUUAGGUAAUGACCUGAUGAAACCAUUUCUUUAUUGUUUUUAAUAACAUAUUUAAUGCAUGUGUACUAUCUGUCUGGUGGUGUUGUUGUUGACAUAAUUUGUAUGCCUUUUAUAUACAGAGACUGUUAUGGACAUGUUCGGAAUAAAUUGAUAGUGUGCUAAUUACCACAAUUAAAUAACAACUACUAUAUUUAAUAAAAUCCAGCAGAGAAAUUAAAUUUGCCUGUAUGAAAAAAUAUGCUCUUUUGUCUAAAUUCCGGUGAAAAAAAAAGGGUGUGUGUGGACAAAUAACAAUAAUGCAGUGGUUUUUAUUAAUAUAUUAGCAUGUUACUUAUUAAAAACUGUAUUUUAUGUUGACAAAAUUGAUAUAAACUCUUGUUUACUUAAUAUUUUGCAAACUUAAUAUUGGUUCUUCACUAAAUCUGUGCCUUACUUAAUAUUUGGUUUGUGUUAGCUUUGUUGUGUGGAACUUUAUAAAGAAAAUUUGAAAAAAAAAGUAUUUUAUUCAGAUAUAACUUUGAUAAUUGAUAAAAUUAUGCUCAGCUAAAAGAAAAUGGACAGGUUUACUUUGUAUUAAUCAUCAGGUAUAAGUGUGGUUAAACUUUGUCUGUGUGAGAGAUGUUUAUAUUCUCCAAAAUGCUCUCAGAUAGUGUAAACAAGCCAUUAUGGGUUUUCUGUCUAAAAUAAGAUAAAACACCGUUUACAUGUUCAAGGUGCUUAUAGCAUUAACGGUCUGUUAGAAUAGAUGCAACUUUUGUUAUGGUCUUGCCUAUAAUAAUAUUCCAUUCUUCAUUUGAAAUGGUGUGUCUGGUAUUUAAAGUUAAUAUUAGACAUGGUGUGUACAUAAACUCUAGAUACUGAAGUAAAUGAACAGGAUUAGCCAUUUUUAAAUUGAGUAAUAAGGAGCUUAGGUCUUCUUUUUUUUUACAUGAUUAUCUCAAAAUUGAAAGAAUUAAAUCUUUCAGUACAAUUAAAAAAAUAAAAAGACGAAGAUGGUUUUCAAAAUAACCAUAUGGUAACACAAGCCUUUUGAACACAUGGUAUUUUGUUGAUUAAUCUUAUAAUUUAAGUUUUAUUAUUUUUAAAAGUUUUUUCAUACUGUAGAAAAAUAGAAGUAAAAUAUGAUUAUUUUUAUCAAACACCACACCAUACAAAUUAAUUGCUAUUAUUUUACUAGAGAAGGCUGAAUGAGAGAUGUUUAAAAGCUGGCUCAGGUUCUUUUCCAAAUAAUUUUACAAUUAUUAGUUCUAAAUGUGUACAAAUGUUUAAGGGAAUAACUCUUAAAAACUAUUUAUUGCUCUUUAUUUCUAUUAUAUGGUGUACAAAUGUGGAUAUGUUGCUUUAUUUUGAUACAUUUGACAACAGCUUAAAUACACUUUAAACUUACAUUUGCACAUGUAUUUUUAGCUACCUUUCUUGUGAAAUGUAAUAUUGCCCUAUCAAAUUUGUUAAUAAGCACAUAAAUACCAAUAACAUAAUCAGUCUGAUGUUCUGUACACAUAAGCAGUUCCUAUUUAUCUUUGAAAUAUAUGUUAGAUAAAUGCAUAUUUAGUCACACUUUACGAUUGUAUUAUAAAGAGAGGUUCAUAUCAGGUUCUCAUAUGAGUACCAACAAAAACGAUUGGUACUCAAAACAAAACAGGUUCAUAUUAAACUACCAAGACAGUUGAGUAGUAGAUCUAAAGUUUUUCCCAUUAUUUAUGAGGUUAUUAUUCAGCUUACCCAACUAGCUAGCACGAUAAGUUAAUAACUGAUUUUUGUAUAUUUUCAGAUAUCAAAAUCAAAGUAUAUGUUACCUACACAAAGUAGGGAAUAAAACCCUGUUACCAGAAAAAACAUUGGUUGUGAUGGUACAUCCUUGUGCCUUUUUAGCAACUUUGAAGUAUGUAUUGAUUAUUUUAGCCACCCAUGUGUACCUGCGUACCAAUUAUUUAAACCCCUGAUUGUGAAAUUUCAUAUACAGUGCAUAGCUAUUUAAUGGAAUGUACACAGGGUUACUUCAGUGGACUGACUUUGUAUUGGAGAAGUAACUUUGGCUAUAAUUCCAAAUUUACUACAUGUACCUAGUACCUAGCUU